AUGACAACAUUCUCUAUAGCUUCGAUUCUCGGUGAUCAAAAUAAUAAACAUGAAGAAGAAUCUAAUUCCAUCGAAGACCAACAUCAAUUUAUUUUAAAUAAUAGUGUACAACAUCUAUACAAUGUAUUCUGUAAAAAUGCUGCAAUUGCUGCUCGUUUAAAUGAACAACAUCAUCAUAAUAAAACGAAUUUAAUGAGAUCUUUUCCUCUUGAAACCCCUCCACCUUCUUCAAAUGAUUUCUAUUCAUUACAUAAACUGAAUUCAACAUCUUAUCAAAAUUCAGCUAUAUCUUAUUAUGGAAAAUCUCGUCGUCCACGUACGGCAUUUACAUCACAACAAUUACUUGAACUUGAAAAACAAUUUCGAGAAAAUAAAUAUUUAUCAAAACCUAAACGUUUUGAAGUGGCUACAUCACUGAUGUUAAGUGAAACACAAAUUAAAAUAUGGUUUCAAAAUCGUCGAAUGAAAUGGAAACGUAACAAAAAAAUGCCAUUAGCUACAUCCGAAGACUCAUCAACAUCAAUGAUUGUUAAAGGAGAUGAUCCAUCAGAUACGGCAGAUUCACCAUCAUCAUUAGUUACUAUGAGUCCAACUUAA